AUGGAGACAUCCAACACCCAGCCUGGCGCUAAUGAUAACAGCACAGCCGCUCCUAAGCCAGUAGCGGAAACUAAGCCUCUUGAUCCUACUCUGACCAAUGAGAAAGGAGAAGAGACCAAGGCUUCUAUUAACGGGGCUGAGGAGACGAAAGUGAUCGAAAUCGGCGAAAAGGAGAUGUCUAUGGGAGCUGAAGUUUAUAAUAGUACUGGAGCCUCUCUCGGUUCAUCCAUUAUUAAUAUGAUGAACACCAUUGUGGGUGCAGGAACCUUAUCACUUCCUUGUACGAUUAUGGAUGGAGGAAUUGUUGGUGCUGGAUUGUUGCUCAUUCUUUCUCUUGCGCUUUCAUUAUUCGGUGCUCAUUAUCUCGUUGUUGCUUCUGCCUACACUAAUGAGGAUUCCUAUGGAUUCAUUGGAAGAAAACUUGUAAACAAGGGUACGGGAUACUUCGCCGACUUUUUCAUGAUCUUGUUUGACUUUGGUAUUUGUGUUGGUUACUGCAACAUCGUAUUCAGUCAGACGACAGACCUGGUUCAUAACGUUUUCCAUAUUGAUGAGAAUACUCUUGACAGCCAUAACUGGUGGAUUUACCUUUUGGAGACCGUGCUUCUCUUGUUCCCCAUGCUGAGUCUUCCUACGAUUGAUGCCUUGAGGUGGACCUCCUCCAUUGCCAUCGUGUGUAUCGUUCUCUUUGUGGUGAUCUCCAUCAUCGUUGGCGUGCGCCAAGUCAUCAUUCAGCCGCUGGAGUACAAUUGGUUCCCGCAGACGAUCGGUGCCUUCUCUACCGCCGUCUCGGUCUUCUUCACCUGUCUGGCCUCCCACGUCAACAUUCCGAAGAUGACCGCCGAGCUGAAGCUUCCCAAAGCGUCCAAGUUCUCCUCCCGCGUCAAGAAAAUGGACCGUGCGAACAACGUCGCCUUCGUGGCGUGCUCGCUGAUCUACUAUCUGGUGGGACUCUGCGGCUAUCUCGCUUAUGGCCCCAAUACCGAAGACAAUCUUCUCACCAACUUCGGCACCAACAACACUUGGUACAUGAACAUCGUCAAGCUCGCCUACUCCUUCGUCGCUCUCUUCUCCUACCCCGUCCUCGCCUUCUCUCCCCUCGUCAGCAUCGACAAGACUCUCUUCAAGCAGCCGCGUCCGGCCACUCGUCGCGUUCUCCAAGCCUUCAUCUGGUCGAUUCUCACCUACGUCGUCGCUAUGAUCAUUCCCCAGCUCCGUGUGAUCUUCUCCCUCACCGGAUCGCUCUGCGGCGUCGCGCUGGUCUUCGUCUGGCCGGCGUUCUUCUACAUCCACGUCGCGAAGCGCGAGAAGGCGCGCGCGAAGUCCACGAAGCGAAGCCAGUACGAUAUCAAGACCGGAGCCAUCUAUUUUGCUUGGUUCCUGUUCUAUAUCGGAAUUGUUAUGGCGGUCUUCAUGACUGCUCUGGAGGUUAAGAAGCUUGUAGCUCCUUCGGUGGAUCCAACGAUCCCUCCCACUCUUAGUCCUACAUUUAUGCCCUCGGUCACGCCGACGGCCGCUCCUUAA